AAAUCAGUUGUUUAGGGGAGAGAGCAGCUUUGAAGGAUUGCAACCACAUAUUAAGUAAGGCUGUAGAUUUUGGCAGAAAUUAUUGAUGUCAUUUUGAAAAAAAAAAAAAAAGAAUAUUUAACGUAGAUACAUGACGAGCUAAAAAAGGAUCAAUGAGAAGCACAGCCCUUCCGCUGCGCCUUUUACGACACAACCACGCAGCUCCUGCUCAUUGAUGCGCCCUGAAUCCGAGGAAUCUGUCGCUUUAAGAGGUCUUCAAUAAAUAAAUAAAUUAAUUACGACGCUUCCGGUUGAUCCAAGCAAAAAGCAAGCCUUGCAGCCGUCAGAAUCAGGAAAGGCACAGGCACCGAGGCAGACAUAAGAAAGCCGCGGUCGCUCCAGAAGGAAAGGAACUCCACGAACCUCGAUCCCUCCAGACAGAUAUGGUGAAGAUCACGUUUCAGCAGGUCGCGGGACAGAAACCCGAGAAGGAGAAAGAUGGAGACAAAGCGGAGAUCCUCAUACCGUGCCAGCACGAGGAGCUGGUUCUCCCUCUUCGCUCCAAAAGGUCCCCCCUCAGUGGCUUGUGUUGUCUGACCUUUGGCCUGGUCGUCUUCAUGUCAGCCCUUGUGCUGGCAUCCAUAUAUGUCUACAGGUACUACUUCAUACCACAGCAGGACCCCGAGGAUAAUCUGUUCCACUGCCGCGUGCUGUACGAAGACUCCAUCUACGCUCCGCUCCGGGGACGGCAAGAGCUGGAGGAGAAUGUGGGCAUCUACCUGAAGGACAACUACGAGCAGAUCAGCGUGCCCGUGCCCCACUUUGGCGGCAGCGAUCCCGCUGACAUCAUCCACGACUUCCACAGGGGGCUGACGGCCUACCACGACAUCACACUGGACAAGUGCUAUGUGAUUGAGCUCAACACCACCAUCGUCAUGCCCCCACGAAACCUCUGGGAGCUGCUGAUUAACGUCAAGAGGGGGACCUACCUGCCCCAGACCUACCUCAUCCACGAGGAGAUGGUGGUGACGGGUCGGGUUCGAAACAUGAGACAGCUGGGAGCCUUCAUCUACAGGCUCUGCAAAGGGAAGGAGACCUACCGACUGAAGCGGCGAGGAUCUCACAGACGUAUCGACAAGCGUGAAGCACGCAACUGCCACAGCAUCCGUCAUUUUGAGAACACAUUCGUGGUGGAGACGGCCAUCUGCGAGGGGGCCUAACCUGGGAGCGCCGCAAAUCCUUUGCCACGUUCUCCGUUUAAGCAAACCCACCUCCAACACCGUAGCUCUCUCCAAGCGUAUUUAGUUUGACUGCACUUUAUAAGCAUGACAUAU